AUGUAUGCGGGAGUAGACCCUACCGCUCCUUCUUUACACGUCGGCCACAUGUUACCGUUCAUGGUUUUGGCUUGGGGUUAUGUAUGGGGCUUGCCGGUGACAUGGGUGCUUGGUGGCGCCACAUCCCGCGUCGGUGACCCAACAGGACGUCUGAAAGGAAGAGAACAAGUCCACAGCUCGGUGCGAAAAGCGAACAUGGCCAGCAUGCACAUGCAGUUGAAGAAGCUGGGUGCGAGCAUUGAACAGUACGGCAAGAGACAUGGAUACGAGAAGAAAUGGGCUUGGAAGCGUUCUUUGGUAAACAACAACACAUGGUGGAACAAGGUGCCAUUCAUUGAAGUUCUUCGGGACCUAGGCGCUCACAUGCGGCUUGGCCCUAUGCUGGGCAGGGAGACUGUCAAGAACCGGCUGUCGAAAGGCGAUGGCAUGUCAUUCUCAGAGUUCUCUUAUCCCCUGUUGCAGGCAUGGGAUUGGUGGGUUCUCUUCAAGAAGGGCGUUCAGGUCCAAGUGGGAGGUACCGAUCAGUAUGGAAACAUUCUCUUUGGUAUGGACUCCGUGAAGGCCAUUAGUAAGAACACGGCCAUGGAGCAGGAAAGAGAUCCUUUGGAAAAUGAUAUAGACAACCCUAUUGGGCUUACAACACCACUGCUGACGGCACCAAAUGGUGAAAAGUUUGGAAAGUCUGCUGGCAACGCUAUCUGGCUUGACAAGGAUAUGACCUCUACGUUCGAGCUGUAUCAGUUUUUUGUUCGGACUCCGGAUGAUGUUGUCGAGCGCUACCUUAAAAUGUUUACCUUUCUUCCCCUACCUGAGAUUGCCAAGCUCAUGGAAGAGCAAAACAAAGACCCAUCCAAACGGGUUGCUCAGCACGCUCUGGCUGCAGAGUUCGUGGAGCUAAUCCACGGCAAACAAGAGGCGGAUGCAGUUGCUCUCCAACAUCGUCAAUUGUUCCGCUCACGGUCGUCUACAGCUGAGCCUACUCCCCUGCAGAAAAACUCCAGUCCACCUGCCGGCCACGCCCAGUCACCAACAUCGGGUUUCGUAAAUCCUCAGUCAGGAAACCAGUAUGCUCCUCAAACUAAUUUUUCGAACAUGCCAAGCAUCCAGGUUACCCUCCCCGAGUCUCUAGUUUAUGGCCAAAACUUCCACAAGAUCCUGUGGUCUGCUGGCCUGGUUUCUUCUAAAGGUGAAGGCCAUCGCAUCGUUACGAACAAAGGGGCUUACGUAGGAAGCCGGCCGGGAGACUCAGGCCCAAUGUCGGACGACUUGGCCUUUACACCCAUUUUAACAUGGCCAGCGGAGAAGACCAAAGACUUCAUUGUCGAUGGUAAUAUCCUAUUCCUCAAGUUGGGCAAGUGGAAGUUCAAGACAGUGAAGAUCGUCAGCGACGAGGAGUUCAAACGGCUCGGACUCAGUGCCCCUGGUUGGGAACCGGAGGAAAGCGCUCCUCAGCCCGCUACAGAUAACUGA